CACGUCAUAUAUUUCCUUAUUUUUUGUUUUUAUUUAUUUAUUUUUAUUUUUAAGUCAGUUAUAAGCGGCAAAUCGAUAAUAUUCUAUUUUUUUCCUUCCUUUUGUGAACAGCUUUUCUUUUACAGCGAAUCCCCUCGGCGAUCUCUCCAGUUUGACUGCAUGAUCUUCAUGAUUUCAAGAAGCAUUGCUACAUCUUCUGUUUCCUGUGAAGCGGGAAACAAGAACAACUUCCCUUUCUGGAUCCUCAUUUGCCUAUUUUCAAGAUUCUCUGGGACUCCAGUCCUGUACUUGACUCUCCUGUUCUCUGUGAGGUCCCCUUCAUCAAUUUAGAGAUUGAUAGUGAAGAAUUGUAGUUAUCUACAUCAUCUCAAUUCUCAAACAUUGGAAAAUGGUUGCUUCCCAGUGUUUGCAAAUGACCGGAAACACCACAAGGAAGACUGUAGAUCAUCAUGUUGAGCUUGACUUUGACUUUUCUGAUGUAUUUGGUGCGCCACCUCAACUACCUUCUGCACCCAACACAAAUGGAUUAGUAUACGAUGAGCCAGAAGUAAUUUGUAGCCGAUCCCAUUCAUUAGUGGGCCCCACAACUUUUACAAACCAGUCCAUGAAGCUUAGCACACUCACUUUACACGAGACUGAAUAUGAUCUUGUUGAGGGUAUCACUGUAAGUACAAUGGCUUUAAAAGAACUCGAAGAAGCUUCUUUUGUUGAUGAUGAUGAUGGUAGUUUAGUAAAAAUCCAAAGUGUGGGACUCGAAGACUUUGAAAUAUUGAAAGUAGUUGGCCAAGGUGCAUUUGCAAAAGUUUAUCAAGUCAGAAAACAUGGUUCAUCCGAAAUCUUUGCAAUGAAGGUCAUGCGCAAAGAUAGGAUUUUUGAGAAAGAUCAUGCUGAAUAUAUGAAAGCAGAAAGAGAUAUUUUGACCAAAGUUGACCAUCCGUUUAUUGUACAACUAAAAUACUCAUUCCAGACCAAGCAUAGAUUGUUCCUUGUUCUUGAUUUUGUGAAUGGAGGCCACCUUUUCUUUCAACUCUAUAGGCAAGGCUUGUUCAGGGAGGACCUGGCACGUUUCUACACUGCUGAGAUAGUUUCUGCUGUUUCGCAUCUCCAUGCUAAUGGCAUAAUGCACAGGGACCUGAAACCUGAAAAUAUUCUUCUAGAUGCUGAGGGACAUGUUAUGUUGACUGACUUUGGGGUAGCAAAGCAAUUUGAUGAAAGCACAAGGUCAAAUUCCAUGUGUGGGACAUUAGAAUAUAUGUCACCUGAAAUUGUACAAGGGAGGGGCCAUGAUAAGGCCGCUGAUUGGUGGAGUGUCGGAAUUUUAAUGUAUGAAAUGCUUACUGGAAAGCCUCCGUUUAGAGGUGGAAACAGACAGAAGAUUCAGGAGAAAAUAGUGAAGGACAAGAUAAAGCUUCCGGGAUUCUUGUCAAGUGAAGCACAUUCACUUUUGAAAGGGUUGUUACAGAAGGAUUCAAGCAGGCGACUUGGGAGUGGGGCAGGUGGAGGGGAUGAGAUAAAAAAGCAUGGUUGGUUUAAAGUGAUUAAUUGGAGGAAACUGGAGGGUAGAGAAAUAAAGCCAAGUUUUGUUCCACAAGUAGCUGGGAAGCAAUGCAUUGCAAAUUUUGAAGAGUGUUGGACAAAUAUGCCCCCGCUUCUGGAUUCCCCUGCUGCCAGUCCCAAAUGUAAGGAGAACCCGUUUAAGGGAUUUACUUAUGUCAGGCCUGCACAGGAAUGAAUGAUUGCAAAUGUAAUUUUGAGUAUUUAAAUUAUAUGGAUUAUUUUUUAUUGUUAUUUAUGACAAUUUUAAUUUAGUGGUAUACAUUACUUGUACUCGUACUUAUGUCACCCAUGUUUCCCAUUAUUUGUUUAUUGUUGCUUGUAUCAUUAUUAUUUUAUUUUUUUUCAAUUAUCAUAUACCAUUAAUUAUUUUUCUUC